AUGAAGAAAGUGCUUCUGCUCAAAGAAAAGAAACCAUUGAAAGAUCUUUCUCUCCACACGAUUCCCACUCACUCUCUAUCUCUCAAUCCAUUCCUGAUCCAAAUUCCUGAUCCAAAUUCCAGGGUUUCAAAUUGUUAAUCAGAUCAAGUUUCAAUCGAUUCCUCACUGAAUUCCCCAUUAUCUUCUUCUUCAAUCGAAGUUACAUUGAAUUCAUCUUUCAUCAUCGUACAUUGAUGAUUCCAAGCUCGUGAAAAAGAAAUGGAUUCUUCCCAAUCGGGGGGAAGAUACGAAAAUCUCCGAAUCAAGCGAACAACUUCAACAGCUUCUUCUACUAAAUCUGAUCCAAGCACACCAACAGUUCUACCAUCACCAUCAUCAUCAACAUCAUAUGGUGGCAGCGGAAGUCAAAAUUUAUCUUCAAUUCUAAACAAUCCACGUAAAUCAACUUCUGUGUAUGGAUCCGACUCUUCUUCAUUGUUUACUGGUUGGUUUUCUUCUUCCACUAGCUCUUCCGUUGAUUUCUCAUCCACACCAUUAGUACUUAAACAACAACCAGGUUCUGAAGUUUCUAAAUCAGAUUUCAAAUCGUAUUUGAAUGUAAUUAAUGAACCGUAUGGUAGAUUUGAAGAUAUUCGGAAUCAUUCGAACAAAGAAAAUCUUGAAAUCGAUGAGAAAGUAGAACAACAAGAAGAAGAGGAAAUUGAUAAGUUAGGGUUCAGUAGUACUACUGUUGGGCAAGGAGAAGCGUUAGUGAAUUGUUUAAGAGAAGUUCCGUCAUUGUAUUUUAAAGAAGAUUUUGCAUUAGAAGAAGGACCAACGUUUGAAGUUGCCUGUCCAUUUAAGACGAUAUUGGAGAAUAUCGAUUUGCAAGAGAAAUUAUCACACUAUUUAGAUACCGUUGAGUUACAUUUAGUGAAAGAGAUUUCGUUAAGAUCGAACUCAUUUUUUGAAGCUCAAGGACAGUUAUACGGGUUAAAUAUUGAGAUUGUUGAAGCGUGUGGACGGAUCCGUGAAUUAAAAGAGACAAUCAGGCUUUUGAAUAAGGAGUUAGUUGAACCUGCUAAACAGAUUCAAGAUUUGAAUUCAACAAGAAUAAAUUUGAUUGCUCUGCAGCAGAAACUUACACUUAUUUUAUAUGUUAAUCAAGCGCUGUCGGCUUUAAAACUGCUAGUUGCAGCAGCAGAUUGUGCAGGAGCUUUGGAUGUAACUGAUGACUUGCGCAAUUUACUGGAUACUGACGAGCUUGCUGGUCUCCAUUGCUUCCGUCAUCUACGUGAUCAGUUGGCAACAUCCAUCCAGGAUAUAAACCGCAUUCUUUCAGCAGAGUUCAUGUGUGCUUCCAUAUACGAUGUCAAAGAUGGCGGGUCUAUUAUUUUGGCUAGAAUAAAAGCAGGGAAUACUAGCCUUACCAAUGGAAAAGAUGAUGAUUUUAAGAUGGACGAGGAAGAAAUGUUCAGCUUUCGUGAUCGUCUUCUACCCUUUAUCGUUGGAUUGCUCAGAACUAAAGAACUCCCAUCUGAGCUGAGGAACUACCGUGAGGCACUUACUGCCAACAUGAAAACAGCAAUUAAGACGACAGUUGCGGAGUUGCUUCCACUUUUGGUUGCCCAACCCAUGGAGUCUGGUUUGAUGACGGGAGAACGGACACCUGAUGCUGAUGGUGGAGGCGCGUCACUCGCAGGCAAGUUGCGUAGCCUUGCAUCCGAAAGCUUCAUUCGACUUUUGGAUGCGAUUUUCAAGGUUGUACAGGUACAUUUAGUACGGGCAGCUGAAGUUAAAAAGGCUGUCGAGUGGAUCAUGUCGAAUCUGGAUAGUUGUUAUGCUUCUGAUUCUAUUUCAGCGGCAAAUGCGGAAGCAGGUCAAGAGCUCUCACCUUAUUCUCUUCAGAAGAAUGCUUCUAAAAGCCCAACUACAUCGGGAAAAGCAAAUGACAUCUCAAGUCCAAAUAUGUCAAGAAAUUUACGUGCUGAAGUGCUGCGGGAAAACACCGAAGCUGUGUUUGCAGCUUGCGAUGCGGCUCAUGGUAGAUGGGCUAAGCUCCUAGGUGUUCGUGCUCUUCUACACCCUAAAUUAAGAUUGCAAGAGUUCUUGAGCAUCUACAACAUCACUCAGGAUUUUAUAUCAGCUACAGAGAAGAUUGGUGGUAGAUUGGGCUAUAGCAUAAGGGGAACACUGCAGUCUCAGUCGAAAGCCUUCGUUUCCUACCAGCAUGACUCUCGGAUGGCGAAGAUUAAGGCAGUUCUUGACCAAGAAACAUGGACUUCUGUGGACGUCCCAGAUGAAUUUCAGGCCAUUGUCAAGUCGUUUCUAUCUUCAGAAGUGUUGACUAAUGGCGGUCAAACCGAAGCUCUUGGUAGCACUGAUAUUUCUUCAAAAGCUGAUGGUUCACCUGUGGUGCUACCAUCUCAGCUUAUUGGGCAGAAUGAGUCCAAUGAAACCUCCGCUGAUAGCACAGGACAAAUUAAAUCACCUGUUUCAACUGGGGAAGGUGUUGCUGGUAAUAACAACACAAAGGAAAGUGCGAAAUCCGCAUCUCAAACCCUCACUUAUGGUGCCGUUGGCUAUCACAUGGUGAACAGUGGUUUAAUUCUUCUGAAGAUGUUGUCUGAAUACGUUCAGAUGAAUAACUUUUUGCCAGCACUGUCAUUUGAAAUUGUCCAACGUGUUGUGGAACUUUUAAAGUUUUUCAACACAAGGACGUGCCAGCUUGUUUUAGGAGCUGGUGCCAUGCAGGUGUCAGGGUUGAAAUCAAUUACAGCUAAACACUUGGCUCUAGCAAGUCAAGUUAUCAGUUUUAUGCAUGCCAUUAUUCCUGAAAUCAGAACUGUUCUUUUUCUGAGAGUACCAGAGUCUUGCAAGGCAACAUUAAUGUCUGAGAUUGGUCGAGUAGCCCAGGAUUAUAAGGUACACCGGGAUGAGAUUCAUUCAAAGCUAGUUCAGAUAAUGAGAGAAAGAUUGUUGGUACAUCUCAGAGGGUUGCCCCAAAUUGUUGAGAGUUGGAAUAGGCCAGAGGAUAAUGAUUCACAGCCUAGUCAGUUUGUGCGAUCCCUUACCAAGGAAGUCGGGUUUUUUCAACGUAUCUUGUCUAGAACUCUACAUGAAAAUGAUGUUCAAGCUAUUUUUGGGCAAGUGGUUCAGAUUUUCCACACACAAAUUUCAGAUGCAUAUUCUGGUCUGGAGAUUACCACUCCCCAAGCAAAGAACAGAUUGCGUCGGGACAUUCAACAAAUUCUCGCUUGCAUUCGUUCUUUGCCUACUGACAAUACUUUUGACAAAGAUGGUGUGCGGAACUCAGGGAAACUUGAUGAGUUUUUGUUGCAAAAAUUCGGAGCUGAGAGUAGUCAAUGAUCGUUUAUGUAAAGUAGCAGAACUAUCGUAUUACUUCUAUGUUAGAGACUAACAAACAUUUUAAGGGGAACAGUUUUAAGAGAUUCAAAAGUCCCAACUCUUUGCUGGUGCGCUGGAAUUGUACAAUUAGGUGAAGGGUUCUUCGGUGAAUAUAUGAGGAUCACUUUUUGAAUUUUUUUUAUUAAUAUGGCCGAGAUAUUGAACCCGGAUUUCAUUGGCAGGCAUGUUUUUACCCUUCUACUACUAAAUUCCAUCUUCUUAAAGAACUUACACUAAAAUUCCCCACUUGAGCUUUUCCCAUGAUUGAAUUUUUUAGGCCUAGAAUAGAAUGGUGAUUUUGAGCUGACUUUUGAACACCAAGUAGUCUUUUCGUUUUCUUCUCUUUUGUUUUUCAGUUCCUUUGUUAUAGUUUAUUUCUUGGGAGGGAUGCUAUAAAUGUACCAUUGAGCAAAUUAUUUUUCUAUUGCAGAACAAAGGAUCAGAAAAGUGCUGAUGUACGAAGCAACAACCCACCUGAAUCAUUAUUUCAAAGCCUUUCAUUAUUCAACAGUUACAGAAUUGAAUCUCCCAAACGGUUUUGAGGAAAGAAAUGAGCACUAUGUAUGAAACAACAAUAACUGCUUGUUUUACAACCUUAUCAGAAAUUACCUUUAAUUUUUUUUUUCAUUAGAAAAUAAAUAAACUGUAAAAUCACUUUCCUAUUAUGGAACCUCAAUGGGCGGCGGUGGAGAUCGCACUUGCCGGAUAUGACCAGGUAUCAUAUCAGAUUUGGAAGUUGUGUUUCAGUAGGAAUUUGUUUAUUUCAUGGCCUA